GCACGCAACGUGUUUCGUAAAUCAUUCACGGAGCAGAGCUGAACGCAUACACACCGAGGCCAGAAUAGCGGAGUAUUAAAAUGUCGAUUUUAAGGAACUCGAUCAUUUACUUUCUUCUCUUCACGAUAGCUGUGAAUGGCAAACAUAAAAAGGCGAAACCGAAAAAGUUUGUAUCGCCGACCGCUAAAGGCAUCCAGUGCUACAAUUGCCUCUCCUUCGAUCAUCCCGGUUGCUGGGAUCCGGACCACCCCGACUAUGCAAACAUUACUGUUCCAAACAUCGACUGUUACAUCCCAGGGAUGGCGUUCCUGUGUAUCGUCAUCACGUCGGAGUCAGCUAAAUUAGUCGAGACUGGUCAAGAAAUCGGGCCGGUUCGGGCGCGCACUUGCGUCCCCGCCAAGGACUUCUCAAAGAAAUCCGUCUCCUACUCCAUGUGCAGUAAGCUAAGCAAGGAACUAUCCGCCUCAGAGAUAUUCUCACGCAUUGCAGUCAGCAGACCUCAAUGCUCGUUGUGCAAAAAACAUCUUUGCACCGACUCCUCGCACUGUUAAUACGUUCUACCUGUUUUAAUUCACAAGAAUAACGCCCCACCCCAAGAUACUUAGCAAAUUUUCUGUUAACAUUGAAAUAAAUUGUACGCUUCUAGUGAUUCAUUAAAAAUAAUAUCCAAAACAUUGGCUAUAUUAAUUUCAUACUGUUUGCAUAUUCUAAAUACACAUUACAACAAAAGCAAUUUGUUAAUAUUCGUCAUAAUGUUUGACAAAAUGAAAUGAGCAUAGGUGUAUAGUGGGCACAGGACGUGUUUGUGUUUUAGCCCGCUUGGAAAUUUUGUUAUCGCUAUAGUUUUGUAACACGUUAUAGUUUGCUCUUGCAUCAUUGCCUUGUUUAAUAAACUACGAAGUUAAUUUUCACACGAAAUGCAAAAAGUCGAACUUGUUGUUUUGAAACCGGAGCCAUGUUGAGUGCGCUUUCUCGCGUGAACCGUUUUUGGUUUGUUUUUAUAUUUCGGUUUAUUAUAUCGUUAAUAAACGUUGA